AUGCAUCUUGUCCUCCGCACAGCCGCCUCCCAAUCAGCGCGUAUCUGGCUCGAUGCAGAACAGCAAGACUUACAACCCACUAUCGAAUCAUGGACUAUCGAUCUCAUGCGCACCUAUAAUACCGGAUCCCAAGCAUUACUCUACACAACCAUGCAGGCGUAUUUAAAAUCCACCCCAUCGAAUAUCCUGAGAUGUUUACAGCUCGCCCAGAAAGAGAAUUGGGUACUGGGCAUAAAAUUAGUCAGGGGUGCGUAUAUCGCUACCGAGAAGCGGGAGUUGAUAUGGGGAAGUAUUGAAGAAACGCACGAGGCGUAUAAUGGGAUUGCUGCUGGUUUGUUAAGUUUAUCGUAUCCUGGGAUGGAUGUCGAGAAGAAUACCGCAAUUGGAGAAAAGACAGAGGGAAUGGGAAAAGAAAACGCAUAUCCGCGCGCAGAAUUAUUCCUCGCCACGCACAAUGAAGAGAGUAUUAGAAAAGCCUAUACACUCCAGAGCUCACGAAUCCUAUCUGGAAAAUCCACAAUCGAAUUGGCGUUUGGACAACUACAAGGAAUGGCUGAUGAGAUUAGUUGCAGCUUACUACAACUCCGUCGAAAAGAAUCCCAGGACUCGAACAGUGCAUCACUAGCUUCCAAAACUCUUGUGGAUUCAGAGGAGAAAAUGAGACUAGCACACGCAUUAAAACCAAAAGCGUACAAAUGUAUGGUAUGGGGAUCUACGCAGCAGUGUCUACAAUUUCUCUUGAGAAGGGUAAAAGAAAAUGGAGAUGCGCUUGGAAGGACGGGGCAUUGGGUUGAAGGGUUUAAGAGGGAGAUCUGGAGGAGGAUGAGAAGUUCUUCUGGGAUGAAGGGUAAGAGAGUUUUGGAGAGUGCUAAUGGAAGUAUGGCUGGAAAGAGGGCUUUAUAG